UAGUGUAUAUUUGAAAUCGUAUCUUUAACUGAUGGUUGGUUGAUAUUAGGGUCAAGAUGAAAUUGAAGCCGCGCACGAGGGUCUCAAUCAAGCAUGUAAAGCUCUGGGCAGCAAGAUCGCCGAGCUUAUUAUCUGUCCGAUCUAUGCCAACCUUCCAUCCGACAUGCAGUCCAGGAUCUUCGAGCCUACACCAGAAGGUGCACGAAAAGUCAUUUUAGCCACCAAUAUCGCAGAAACAUCCAUCACUGUGGACGGUGUAUCGUUUGUCAUUGAUCCAGGAUACGGCAAGCAAAAAUCAUUCAACCCUCGAACGGGUAUGGAGGCAUUAACGGUGACACCGUGCUCCCGCGCUUCUGCGACACAACGUGCUGGUCGUGCUGGAAGAACAGGUCCUGGCAAGUGCUUCCGUCUUUAUACCCAAUGGGCAUUUUACAACGAAAUGGAUGAAAAUACCCAACCGGAAAUUCAGCGUGUCAACCUUUCCAACGUCAUUUUGUUGCUAAAGAGUCUGGGUGUGAACGAUCUAUUGAACUUUGACUUUUUGGAUCCUCCUCAAGAAGAUACUGUGAUUCGCGCAUGUAGUCAACUUUAUGCACUCGGUGCAUUCAACGAUCAAGGACAGCUGACCAAGCUAGGUCGACGUAUGGCCGAAUUUCCUAUGGAUCCUACCUUAUCCAAAGCCAUUGUUGCUUCCGAAAAGUAUGGCUGUACUGAAGAGGUCGUUUCAAUCUGUGCUAUGCUUUCUGAACAGAGCUCAUUAUUGUAUCGACCCAAGGACAAGAAGCUGCUGGCUGACACAGCACACCAGAACCUAGUGGCACUUGGUGGCGAUCAUCUAACUUUACUCAACAUUUGGACCCAGUGGGUUGAGACCGAUUAUUCUAUACAAUGGUGUUACGAGAACUUUAUUCAGCAUCGAACACUAGAACGAGUCCGUAAUGUCCGUGAUCAGCUUGUCCAGCUGCUCGACCGUGUCGAGGUCCCACUCAUUAGCAACCCGAAUCCAGCAGAUAUUACACCGAUACAAAAAGCUGUCACCUCCGGCUUUUUCUUUAACGGUGCCCGCCUGAACCGUUCUGGCGAAUCAUAUCGUACCAUUAAGCAGAAUCAAACUGUACACGUCCACCCGAGUAGCAGUAUGCUCGAAAAGAAACCAAGAUGGGUUGUUUAUUAUGAAUUGGUGUUGACAAGCAAAGAGUAUAUGCGUCAAGUGAUGGAGAUCCAACCAAACUGGUUAUUAGAAGGUAAAGUAUUGUAUGAAUCUUUUUUUUUGUGAAAGUGUGCUGGGAGCUGGUUUUUUUCUACCUGUAUACUCAUUUGAAUGCAUAUCCUAUUAGUUGCACCUCACUACUAUACCCAGACAGAUUUGGAUAAUUUGGAUGACAAGAAGAAAAUGCCAAAGAAUCAUAAGCAAUAAAUUAAUUCACAAAAGCCAAUAAAUCUUGUACAUUUUCAACACGAAUAACAUAAUAG